CCGUUAGCCAAGGGUGUUCAUGCGCUAGCCCAUCCUUAAAUGUUCAUAGAGGCGUAUUCAGCUCUUCUAAGUGGUUUAAAUGGGUGUCAAUCUUUAAUACUAGCCUGCUGAUUGGUUAACUGGAUGUCAAUCUUCAAAUCUAGCCAGCUGAUUGGCUCGUUAAAUUAGGCAGCUCAUUGGCUCUGCCAGGUCCCCACCCCCUCAACUGAAAACCAGACUUUGUUAAACCACGACACACGUGCUGUGUGAUAAAAGCACGAGAGGUUGUAAAUGAAAGAGUCAAUAUGGGGGAAAAGAAGGCAGAACCGUUGGAUUUUGUGAAAGAUUUUCAGGAAUAUCUGACCCAGCAGACUCACCAUGUCAAUAUGAUUUCUGGAUCGGUUACUGGUGACAAGGAAGUAGAGACUCUCCAGGGAGCUGGGACAGAAGGUGAUCAGAAUGGUCUGGAUCAUCCUUCUGUUGAAGUUUCACUGGAUGAAAACUCAGGAAUGUUGGUGGAUGGGUUUGAAAGGACUUUUGAUGGGAAGUUAAAGUGUCGAUACUGUAACUAUGCCAGCAAAGGAACAGCACGGCUCAUCGAGCACAUCAGGAUUCACACAGGGGAGAAGCCACACAGGUGCCACCUGUGUCCCUUUGCCUCGGCCUACGAGCGUCACCUGGAGGCUCACAUGCGGUCCCACACCGGGGAGAAGCCCUACAAGUGUGAGCUGUGCUCCUUCCGCUGCAGCGACCGCAGCAACCUGUCCCACCACCGCCGGCGCAAGCACAAGAUGGUGCCCAUCAAGGGGACGAGGUCUUCCCUGAGCAGCAAGAAGAUGUGGGGGGUUCUGCAGAAGAAGACCAGCAAUUUGGGGUACAGCAGAAGAGCAUUAAUUAAUCUGAGUCCGCCUUCCAUGGUGGUGCAGAAGCCAGACUACCUUAAUGAUUUCACCCAUGAAAUCCCCAAUAUCCAGACUGAGGCGUACGAGAGCAUGACAAAAUCCACUCCGAGCGGUGGCUUGCCAAGAGAUCCACAAGACCUCAUGGUGGAUAAUCCUUUAAACCAGCUCUCCACGUUAGCAGGACAGUUGUCCAGUUUGCCACCUGAAAACCAAAAUCCAGCCUCUCCUGAUGUCGUUUCCUGUCAAGACGAAAAGCCUUUCAUGAUACAGCAGCCUGCUGCACCUGCAGUAGUUUCAGCUGUGUCAGCAAAUAUUCCUCAGAAUUCCUCUCCGACCAGCCCUGAUUCGCGGCCCGCACACAAUCAGAGGAACUAUAGUCCCGUGGCAGGGCCCAGCAGUGACCGCAGUGCCCACACCAGUACUCCCAGUAUCAGCAACAGCCAGCCGAGUACUCCAGCUCCAGCCCUGCCAGUGCAGGACCCUCAGCUCCUGCACCACUGCCCACACUGUGACAUGUACUUUGCAGACAAUAUCCUUUACACCAUCCACAUGGGAUGCCACGGAUUUGAAAAUCCUUUCCAGUGUAACAUUUGUGGGUGUAAGUGUAAAAACAAGUACGACUUCGCUUGCCACUUUGCGAGAGGCCAACAUAAUCAACAUUGACUGAGAACAUGCUUUCGUUUAGUUUUUUAACAUAUUACAGUCUAUUUUUCAUACUUGCUGAUGGAAAGCUUGCACAUUCCCAUAAGGAAUCUUCACAUUAAUCAAUUCGACAGAGGAGGCAAAUUGAUUUCCGUGUUCUUGUAAAACUUGCCAGGGAAAUUUUGUAUCACAUUCAGUUGCUGUUUUAUAUGUAGCCUUUCAAAAAAAGCCAAGAGUGCUGUAAGGGUUGGAAUGCAUUUACAUGCUGUGGUUGCUAAAUUUAAGUUGCUUGCACUUAAUCCCAAUAAACAUUCUGCAAGUGGAGAAGCAGAGCGUGUGUCCUGAACCAUAGGAUGUAAUUCCCAGAUUGUUUACUAGGCAACACAAGAUAUAUUAUCCAUAAAACACAAAAGGUCAAUGCAAUGACACAUCAUGUAGAGACAGGACAAGGAGGAAUGGUGCCAGAGGGCAGGGUUGGAUGGGAUUUUGGGAAGGAAUUGUUCCCUGGGAGGGUGGGCAGGUCCUGGCACAGGGUGCCCGGAGCAGCUGUGGCUGCCCCUGGAUCCCUGGCAGUGCCCAAGGCCAGGUUGGACAGGGUUUGGAGCACCCUGGGAUAGUGGAAGGUGUGUGUCCUUUAAGGUCCCUUCCAACCCCAGCCAUUCUAUGACUUUGGAGAAAUCUUUAAAAACCUGGCUACUCAAACAAACACAAGCAAUUUUCACGUACAAAUUCAAUUUGAUGUAAAAGUUGCUUUGAUCUGAUGAAGGUUGAUAAUAAGUUUUUGUUUAGUAUAGUCUAAACUCUUCAUGCUAGGACUUAAACACUAAUUUAACUAUUAGCACAAAACUAGAAGAUAACAGGUUAUUGUGAAUAAAACUAUGGUAGGAAAAAAAAAAAGAGCUAAAAGCCUGUCAUUCAUGAGUUAUAAAAACAAAAAAGUAAGAUACCUUAUUUUACCUACACUCUACAAAAUUUUACCUGUCAUUGUUUUUCAGAGGAGGUAAUUUUUAGAGUCAUAAUGAAGAGCCUGUAGAAUUAAUAUAUAUUCUGUGAGAUUUCUAACUGCCUUAAACUGAGUUGUACAGAUAUUUAAAUUUUGCACAAUUAGACUUCUGUCCUGCUGAUAGAAGUUCUGAUAGAAACAAACAAGAAGUUUACAAAUCAAACUCCUUUGUUCAGUUUUAUGUUGGGCCAGGCUACAACUGAGAGGUUGCCUAUAUUUUUGAGAGUUGUAUAAUCCAGUUUAUUGUAAAUUUCAUCUGACUUGGAGGCUUGGUUUGUCCCCUCUCCCAGGUUUGAUGUCCUUUGGGUGAGCUGGGAGUAAGGGGAAGGACCUCUGGCUUUUUCUGGGCUCCAUGCAGGAUGCAAAGGAAAACUAGCUGACUACACUGAAGUUGUGUUUAGGAAUUGUGGAUGGCAAAUGGUAACUGAAGUUGUUUAUUUUGUUUCAUAGUGUACACUCAUCUUUAGAAGCCCUCAGGCUAAAGGACAGGCACUUUAACAUAAACCUGAGUAAAACAUCUAAUUAAAAUGAAUAAUAACUUUAUGUGCUAGAUAAGAAUUUGAGAUAUUAAAAAUAAAGGAAGAACUGUUACUUUUCCCAUAUUUAGACAUGCACUUUUACCUUGGUUUGUCCCACUUGAGACAAAUUAAAGCUUCCCUUAUAUAUUCCCCUUUUCCUAUCAGCAAACCGUGUUUUGUUAAAAGCAAGGAGAUUUUAUUAAUGUUCCACAAGUCAGAGGUUGGAAUCUCAAUAGCAAAUGCUUGGCUUAUUCAAAUUUAUAUUGUUAUGGGAGCUAAAACUUCCUGAAACCAAUGGAAAAACUUACAGUGAUCAGGGUGAGAUCAAUGUAGGAAAACAACCUGUGUAAGAAUUUUAGCUGUAGAAGUAAUUUUGACUUUAAUUAAAUAGAAAUUUGGAUACCAGAUGUGUUUCUGUCUACCUGACUGACCUACUGUUGAAUUUCUGUGCUUGAGGAACUGGGUUCUUUCUUGGCUGUGCAGUCUUGAAGUAAUGAGGUCAGAAAACUGCCACUGGAGUGGUUCCAGUGUAGUGAAGAUGAACAGUAACACUGUCACUCCUAAAAAUUGUUUUGGUUUCAGGCCUGGUUCAGAAUUUGUUUUGCUGGAUUUGUAAGACAGAAUGUAAUUUGCAUUUUUCAUCAGGACACUGUGUAAUUCCAAAAAAAUGCAUUGUUGCUUUAUACUUUUUAGAUUUAUUUUAUAAGUAAAACUGCAAGUCUGUGUGUGUAAACAUCCUUUAUUUUAUUUUAAGGAGUAAAAGUUGACUGAACUGGAAUCCAGUUAGAAGUUACUGCUCCUGGACAGGUUUUGGAAUCAAAAUUUUUUCCAGUCAAAGAGGGCAGAAAGGGUGGCUGUCUUUGGAUCACACAUUGAACAAUUCUACAAUUUAAAUUUGGCUCAAAUGUGGUGUUAGGAUAAGAGACAUUUCUCUUGAAGACUUUACAAUUAGUAAUUUAUGGAAGUGGUUUUCCUUGCCUUUUUGAUAGAUGAUGCACUCUCCUGUUCCUAAGCUCUGGCAUUUCCAAGGAAACUUGUGGAAUGGUGGUGCUCCAGGGAGCACCUUACAGUACUGAGUGACCACAGCAGCCAAGUGCUCCUUGGCUUGUGGUUUUUUCCUUGCUGGUAUCGUAGGGAGAGUAAUUUCCAUGUGCACAGAUGUGGGUUCUGACCCUCUGGGGCUUCUGUUGGCAGUGUUAAAGUUGUUAGAGGCUUUUCUUUGUCUCGUGAUUUGGUGAUUGAGAGAAACGACUCCUGAGCCACUAUGGCCUUGAACAGAACUCAGGAUAGGUCACUGAUGGAGGAGCUGGGAGCAAGAGGAAGCCUGCAGGAUCUCAUGGAAAAGAGGCCCUUGUUUAGGGGGGAUCCCAUUGUGGGGAAUGUAUGUUCUUAACAACAGAACUCUGUGUGAAAUAAUCUAUCCCCAAGCCUUGCAAAUCAUUGUUUGGAAGGAUUUUCCUGCUGCUGCCUGGAUACCAUUGGUUCUGCUCUUGAGUAACGAAGGGAAAGGUUAGCUGGGACAUCUCUGAACGGUUGAGGAAUGAAAAAACUCUUUUCCCUGUUUCCUUGGGCAAACUCCUCAUUGCAGGGGGUUCUGGGGCAGCAGCAGCAGCUGUGGUGCUCAUCCCUUGGCUCUGCACCCAGAUCCCUGGGUGGAUCCCUGUGUCCUUCCCAGGACUGUUCAUGUUCCAUGAUCACACUGUGUGUUCAGUUGUGCCAAACAAUGCCCUGACAUCGUUGUCCCCUUCUGCCAACUGAGGAGCUUUGGAAGGUGUAUUUUCCAUAAUUUAUACAUACUUUUGACUAUAAUUUAAAGACCAGAGCUGGUAGUGGCAAAUUCUUUCCAAGAAUGAUCCCUUGCACAAGCAGGCCUUACCCAGAGUCAGGGAGGGAGACUUGUCCAGGAUUCUGGGAUUCAGUCCUUAGUUAAAUUUUUUUCAUAUUGAGUCCUCCAUGUGCUACACUGCACUCACUUGUUUUGGUGGUUUUUUUAAAAACCCAAAUCCUCACAUUACAAGGUAAUGGGUGAUUAGCAUUUUAACUGUUAUUAAUGGAAGUUUGGGAAGGAGAUGGAAUUUUUCCAUAGCUCAGUUCUGUUAAGUUCUGUAGUUGCAAAACAUGAAUUUUGUGGGGGUUUUGUUUUUAUUGUCAUAGCUUAUUUUAUAGCUUUGUGAACAUUUCUAACAUGCACUAUUUAUAGCACUCAAUACACAUUUACUGUUUUGAGACUGAAUAUUCCAAUGAACAUUUGAAUAUUUGAACAUCUUCAUUUUCUCAGUUAAUUCUUCAACUGUGAAGGAGGCAAUAAGAAAAAUAGCUGUUUUGUCACAGACACAUGUUUAGAUGAAGAGGAUUUAGACAUAAAAUGUUGAUUGGCUUUUUAAUAUAAAACUCAGUGCUGGGACAAUUUCCAGCACCAUUUUCCAGACAAAUAAUCUGUUACUGUUUGUUUUGUUCUAGAAUGUUUUGGGGGUUUGCUUUUUGUUUGUUUUUGACAAAGGGAAUGUAAUUUAGAAGUCUUCACUGGCAAGUUUUCUACUAAUUUUAAGCUUCUUGGAAAACCUACAGCAAAUGAUGUUCUGCUGCAGGAAAGCUCUCUCCUGCUAAAGCAUUUUUCAUUAAGCAAUCCUUGUGUAUGUGCUUUUAAGUACCUACUUUGUUAAUAAUAUGUAUCUCAGUGUAAAGAACAGAUUUUAUGCAAAAAUGAAACCUGUUAGAGUUGUAAAAUAAAUUUUAAUGUUAGUGAACAUUUCUGAGACGACAAGGUUAAUUCUGAAAUUACUCUGUGUCGUGUAGUUCAUGUUGUGAAGGUUUGCUUUUGUAAGAUAUGAAUAAAAUAACACUUUCUAAUUA